CCUUCUUAAGUUUUCAGCCGUCAUAGCCCAAGUUUCGCACCCAUACAACGGACAACUUCUUACCUAUGCCUUAUAUAGCUUACACUUCAUAUACGAUGGUAUAUCCAUAGAACACAACACUGAAGGAAUUCGAAUUAUUGCCGACAUUAGAGGAGCUGAUACUUUGAAUUAUAAAAAAGGUGAAAAAAAGAGGGUGCAAAGAAUCUCCGGAGACCCAGUCCAUGGGGUUGCGGUGCAAGGCCCUGUGGAUGGUCUGGCUACUGGCACCCCACUCUAUAGUGUUGCGGUGCAAGGCACUAUGAAUGGAAGGAUUACUUGUAGACCAAGGGGUUGGAGGUUUGGUACCUGGAAUGUAGGCACGUUGACAGGAAGGAGUUUGGAAGUGGUGGAGGAGUUGCAGAGGGGAAUGGUUGACGUGGCUGCAUUACAGGAGAUCAGAUGGAAGGGAGAGGGUACAAGGUUUGUGGGGGCUAAAGGUGGAAGGCAUAAGUUGUGGUGGAAGGGAGAUGAUGGUACGGGAGGAGUUGGUGUGAUGGUAAGAGAAGAGUUGGUGGAGAAGGUGUUGGAAGUGAGGCGGACAAGCAAUGGUGUAAUUGUGAUGGUGAUGGUGUUUGGAAAG